CCGGACACAACCAUUAUUAGAAAAUUAGAUGUCGGUCAGACACGUGCGAGGGUAGGAUUCCAUUAGGGAGUUCUAGUGCAGACAAUGUUUUUCUAAUUCAUGAACGGGCCAGACGUCGACGAGGAGGGAGUUGACGAUAGUAGACUUACACGUGCAAGAUCCAGAAGGAUCCCGUACGUGUUCAGGACUCUAGACGAGGGAGAAGAAAGACGGCUUCGUGCCGAACGUAGAGCCGGUGCUCUCGCAGCAUCGAGAGAAGCAGCAAACCUUGCAGCUAGGGAGCAGGCUGCCGCAGCAGCCACGGCAACAGCAAUGGCUACCGCAGCAGCAACCUCUGCUGCAACUACGGUUGCGUCCUCGUCAGGAACCCAGUUGGGAAUGCCAACGGGGUCCCCGAAUAUCUCCACUUUACUAGGGUCUAGGCCGUCUACAAGUCAAAUGACGGGCGUGCAGUUCAGCCUGUUGACUCCUCGCGAGAGCGAGCUCAGGGAGCUUCAACAUGUCGAAAGAAUCCGUGAAAGAUUAGAGAGGGAACUGAAACAGGAUACCGACAGAGAAAAGGAGAUCAAAAAUAGAACAGCCAGGCUAAAUACUCUAGAGACUGACAAGGCUGAGUUGGAGGGCUUGGACGAUUCAAGAAUGAAAGAGCCCAUGAAAGUGUUGAGGAACAACAUGCUGUCACUACAUGCGCAUGUGGACAGCAGGUUGGACUUCAUGCAGAACACUUUAAACCAGAUCUUGGACGCUCUUAGACCAAUUCAUGGAGAUGGUAGAAGCUCGAUGGCAUAACCCACAGGAGGCUCAAAGGGCCACUGAUGCCAUUAACAAACUUGACCAACGCAA